AUGGUGUCUAUUCCGAUUCGUCGUUUCACUAAUCUUCGUCAUGACCGUCCUGACAUUUCUGAUUCUAUGCUACUGAACUCCAAUAAUCAAACCGAAUUUACAGGAGUUGCUGAUGUUGUUGUUGCCGGUGCUGGGAUCAUUGGGCUCUGCUACGCAAUUCACCUUAAAAACAUUUCCCCUCACUUGGAGAUAGAUGUUUUUGAAAAGAGCUCCUCACCUACGCAGAAGAUCGGAGAGUCGACACUAUCUUCUUUCUCGAGAUUUGUUAGUGGAGAUAUUAUUCCUCACGACUACUUUCUUCGUCUGUUUGGCUUGAAAGAUGGAUUACAGUUUUAUUGUGUCGAUGAGCGUGGUUUAUCGGUUACAUCAGAGGAUAUUGGAGGACUUGACCUGUCGUUUCAGCUUGAUCGACGGAUGUCUGAGUUGUUUUUGACCAUGUGGGCUCAGAAGAUAGGAAUCAACGUAUACCAUGGUGUCGGUACUGAUUUCAAAGUAAUGCCGGAGGAUGCUUUUGCCAUAUCUACUAAUGGUGCUAAAGACGGCGCUGCUGCUCCCAACCAAGAUAGUGGAACAGCAAUGAAUUAUUUCAUGGCUCCACGGGUCUCGCUAGACGACGCUUCGCAUUCUCUUGGAACUUCUGUGAAAGCCAAAUUAGUUUGCGAUGCAACCGGAUUUUCGAGGAGAUUGACUUCCAAGUUUGGAAAUCGAGAGACGUUUGGGGGGUGGAACUGUGAUGCGUAUUGGGCAUAUUUCCAAGAGACGGGCGUUAAAGCAGAGGAUCGCCUUGCCCAUUGGAACUACCCAGCAACCAAGCAUAUUUGCUUUCCAGAGGGCUGGGGAUGGUUCAUCAAGCUCAUCUCUUGGGAGAAAUCGCCACUGAGUAAUCUUAUGGAUCUGAUUUCCUAUGUGAUCGACAACGCUAAGCGUAAUGUUGCUGCGUGCGACAUCCCCUCGACGAAGGUUCUAUCCGAAAUGUUUGAUUGUCCUUACGAGUUUAUAACCUCUAUUGGAUGGGCAGUUAGGAACGAUCACGAAUUCCCCGAUAAUCUUGAAGAAUACGGGGCUACUGAAUCCGAGAGAAAAUUCACCUAUUUCAAGAGAAAGUACCCAACUUUGGAACGCCUUAUGGAUAACAGCUACGCUAUUCUCCCUAACUACUACGGGAGGAAGACUUACUUUGUAAGAAAGUCCAUGGCUUUCCAGAGCCCAGUAGUAGCCGGGGAGGGGUGGCUUGCGAUUGGAAAUUCUGCAGGUUUCACAAAUCCUCUAAUCUCACCUGGAAUUAAUGCUGGAAUUGGUGGAGCAUUUUAUGCGGCUAUGCUUACCCAUGAAAUACUUGCUGCGCCAGAGGGGAGCUCGUGGGCGAUAAUGAAGAAAAGUGCCAACGCAUUCCAGGCUUAUCAUCACGAUUUCAUGAUGCCUCGGCUCAAUCAGAUGAAUAGGUGCUGGUACAACAUGUUUCGAGACCACAGACUAUUUGAGGCUUUGAUUCCAUCUUUCUGGGCGGUUGGAGUCCAAGAGAUUGACUACCUUUACGGAGCUAGUUUUGUAGCUGAGGACAUCAACUGGGUUGUCGGUGCUGGGACCGCCGACUUUCAAACAUACUCCAAGGCGGUUUUAGAUAUCUUGGAGCCGUCUUUUGAUGGUGUUGCUCCAACUGAAGACGCGGUGGAACAAGUUCAGGCUCUCACAAGUGAUGCACCAUCAUCUGUCAAUGAUCUCCUGAAGACCCUGCGGCGAUCUUAUAUCUCUCCCGAAAGCAGUCAUGAACCGACCGUCCAAACACCCACGUUGCCACCCUCCCUUCGAAACCUCCUCGACCUCCCCUCCACCCCAACACCAAGGCCUCGUCGGCCGCAGCGCCUAGAUGCAAAUGGUCAUAGGCUACCUGCUGGCCCUGCACCCCCGCAGAGCUGGCUCGAUUCAUCACGACACGCGCCCAAACCUGAGACGGAGAGCCAUGGUGUCCAAGGCAGCCGCCGGCCGGCGCUGCACCACCUCCCUGGCAUAACACGGAAGCCACGACCGGGAUCGUUGGUAGGUUACAGUCUGCGGCGCAUGGCGGAAGACUGGGACUUCCAGAACGAGUACAACCAAUACCAUCUAGCGUCCCUACCGACGCGACUGCGCACCUUGCUGCUCUCAUAUAUCGCCCGCUACGGACCCGUGGACGGAGUGGGAUACAUCGGGCUGGAGCGGCUCUUGCAGCUCCCCGAAGAUGACGAUAGCGGACAAGAAGUUAAUAAUGAAGACUUCACCAGGCUGGAUCUGGCAUCCGCCGUUGCUAGCUCUGUCAGCCUUAAACAUGUUAUGCGCCUCAUACACCCACCGACCAACGACUCCACUCCUGCCGUGGUGAGCUGGGACGCUCCAUCACCACCCCAAAGCAUCCGCGCCUCGCCACUCAUAGGACUCACACACGUCUCGCUCGCCAAUCCCGGCCCCGCAGCAUCAUGGGUUGCCCUAUUGGCGUUUGCAGCCGCAACACCAACGCUCACACAUGUGUCUCUUGCGUCGUGGCCAGCGCCAAACCUGACGCCGAAUGCAACGGCGGUUAACGCAAAGAUGAGCGCGAGGGGCUCGCCGGUGGUGAAUCUCGCUGCGGAGGACAGGUAUGCGCAUUCUAUUGAUCUGGACUUCUCAGCUGCUGCGGCGAUAUUGCGGAGGCUGGCGAGGAGGUGGUAUAGUCUUGAGUAUCUGGAUGUGGAUGGCUGCGCGGAGUGGUGGAAGGCUUUGGGUUGGGGUACGGAAAAGGAGGGUAUUGACUGGGCUGGUGACUGGGCGAGAGUGAGGUGCAUAAGUAUGAGGAAUAUGGAGGGAAGUCGGGGCGUUCGUACGAGUAGUCCCUUCGGUAAGUCGGCGGCGGCAAAGACGUUUGUUAGGGAGUUUGAAGCGUAUGUGAGGAAGCAUAGGGGCUGGAUUGAUAUUAUUAAAGAUGAGGAUAAUGUGGUAUGA